AUGGGCAGGAAAAAGAUCCAGAUCCAACGAAUCACGGACGAAAGAAACAAGCAGGUCACAUUCACGAAGCGGAAGUUUGGCUUGAUGAAGAAAGCCUACGAGCUCAGCGUGUUGUGUGACUGUGAAAUCGCCCUCAUCAUUUUCAACCACGCCAACAAGUUGUUCCAGUACGCCAGCACCGACAUGGAUAAAGUCCUGCUCAAAUACACAGAGUACAACGAGCCGCACGAGAGCCGGACCAACGCCGACAUCAUAGAGACUUUGAGAAAGAAAGGGUUUAACGGAUGCGACAGCCCAGAGCCCGAUGGGGAAGACUCGAUCGAUCAAAGUCCACUCAACGACGACAAGUUCAGAAAGACCACAGAGGACCUGGACGUUCUCUUCAAACGCUACGGACAGUCGACCGCUCCGCCUCAGACGUUCACGAUGCCAGUGACGGUCCAGGCGUCCAACCCGAGCACGCUGCAGUUCAGUAACCCUGGCAACGCCCUGGUAACUACCUCCUACGUGACUUCGUCGUCGCUCACGGAUACCCACCUCCUGUCGCCGCAGCAACCGUCUCUCCAGAGGAACACGGUGUCACCUGGGCUGCCGCAGCGGCCGGCCAGUGCAGGGGCUCUUCUUGGCGGCGAUCUGAAUAAUUCAAACGGAGGCUGCCCUAGUCCAGUUCCUAAUGGAUACACCAGCGCCAGGGCCUCGCCGGGCCUGCUCACGGUCUCCAACGGCAACAGUCUGGGGAAAGUAGUCCCGGCUAAGUCCCCACCUCCACCUCCGAGUCCGCAGAUGGCCAACAGCCGCAAGCCAGACCUCCGUGUCAUCACAUCGCAGGGCGGGAAGAGCCUGAUGCAGAUGAACGCUCAGCGGUUGGCGGCAGGAGCCCAAGUGGCACAGAGCCUCACCACACCGGUCGUCUCUGUGGCCACGCCCAGUCUGCUGGCCCAGGGGCUGCCCUUCUCCGCCAUGCCCACCGCCUACAACACAGAGUACCAGCUGACCAGUGCGGACAUCACCGCGCUUCAUGCUCUGGCCUCACCUGGAGGUCUGUUGCCGAGCAGCGUGUCCUCAUGGCAACAGCAGCAACCGCAGCAACCGCAGCAACAGUCGGCAACCGCCCAACAGCAGCAGAUCAACCUGGCGUCUCUCAGCAACUUGGUCAUGUGGGGCGUGGACAAACAGAACAGCGAUCUGUGCAGCCAGGUGUCCAGCCUGGCCGCCAAUCUGAGCGUUGGCUCUCCGUCCAACCUGCUCUUGGGUAGAGAUGAGUGGUUGGGCCGGCCCGUGACACAUUUACCUCAAGGCGCCAUGUUGACGGUGAACACCAGCUCCGGCGUCAGCAUCAAGUCUGAGCCUGUGUCUCCGGGCCGCGACCGCAGCACACCCUGCCCGCACCCCUCCUCCACCCCGGUGACCACAGCCGCGGGCGCCAUACUCAGUGCUCCGCCGCAGUAUCCCGGCUCCCUGCUCUGUCUGGAGCCGCCCACCGGCCGCUCGCCAGCCGACAGCGUAAGCAGCAACGCCAGCUCCUUCGAGGGCAGCGACCGGGACGACACGGGCGGAGGGGGCGGCGGGGGCAGCGGCACGGCCAGUAUUAACCCCGCGGACCUCCUCAUCCGGGCGGGCAGCGAGCAGGAGCAAGAAGGCAGCAACGUGAAGCGCAUGAGACUGGACGCGUGGGCCACAUAG